UCAUAUGACUAUGACGUCCAUGGAGACAGUUGCAAGGAACAAGACUCGCUGGUGGAUUUGAGGGAGGAAAAGAGAGCUUAUGCUCCCAUUUUUUUUUUAAAUAUAUUUUUUAUAUAAUCCUACAGAAUGCCGCCGACUCUCUUUCAGAAACUUUUCAACAAAAAAAGCGCCUUUUCGCCGCCACCGCAGAGAUGUAACAAAGAGGAGCCAGCCUUCAGCUGGCCCAUCCCCCAGCUGGAGCCCAGUCACAUCAGACUGAUUGUCUAUCAGGAUUGCGAGAGGCGUGGCCGGAACGUUCUCUUCGACUCCAAUGCCAAAAAGAAGAGCGCGGAAGACUCCCAUCUCACCGGCACCGAGGCACAGGUGAAGAUGUUUGGCAAAUGUUGCCAGCUGCGUCCGACAGGGGGCAGCAGCAGCUCCUUGGACAGCUCGUCCUCCUGCACCUCGGAAAGCAAGGAACCGGGCCACCGCUUCCAGGGUUCCAAGUGUUCGUCCGACGUAGUCAUGCUCGGUGAGAUGAUGUUUGGAUCUGUGGGCAUGAGCUACAAAGGAUCUACCCUGAAAAUCCACCAGAUCAGGUCGCCGCCUCAGCUGAUGCUGAGUAAGGUGUUUACGGCCAGGACAGGAGGCAGCGUGUACGGCAGUCUCAACACGUUACAGGACAGUCUGGAGUUUAUAGCACAGGACGGCAACACCCUGAGGCCCGAUCAAAACACCUGCUCAAACAAUCUCCUAGGGAACAUAGGAUUUUCUCAGCUCUGCAGCUCUCGACGGGCCUUCUCUGAGCAAGGCCCUCUGCGUCUCAUCAAAAGCGCAUCUUUCUUUUCAGGCCACAGUCACCCCAUGGACAUGCCGGGCCGCAGCCCGUAUGACGAGAGGGACAGUGGAAUCGCCAGGUCAGCGUCACUCAGUAGCCUCCUGAUCACCCCAUUCCCGUCACCCGGCUCCUCGCUGACCAGCAGCUGCGCAUCCAGCUACCAACGCCGAUGGCUGCGCAGCCAGACCACCAGCCUGGAGAAUGGAGUCUUCCCUCGAUGGUCGGUGGAGGAGAGCUUCAACAUGUCCGACGAGAGCGGCGGGCAGAGCCUGGGCGCGGCACGCAAGAAGAAGAUCGCCAUCGGGGUCAUCUUCACGCUGUCCACAAACCCCGAGGAGAACAACCGCUUCCAGGACUUCUUUUUCUCCCACUUUCCGCUCUUCGAGAGCCACAUGAACAAACUCAAGAGCGCCAUCGAACAGGCCAUGAAGCUGAGCCGGCGAUCAGCUGACAGCAGCCAGAGGGCCUUGGCUUACAGCCGCAUGGUGGACGGGCUGAACGAUUUCAGGAUGACCAUAUGCGACCUCUACAGCAUGCCCAGGGUGGCAGAGCCCGUCUGGCUGAAGAUGAUGUCGGGAGCGUCGGAGAAAAACCACCUGUGUAGUCUCUUCAUGCGGGAGUUCUCUCUGCUGAUGGAGCAGGCCUCCAAGAACCAGUUCCUCCCGGCGUUGCUGACUGCCAUCCUGACCAACCAUCUGGCCUGGGUGCCCACGGUCAUGCCCAACGGCCAGCCGCCCAUCAAGAUCUUCCUGGAGAAGCACUCCUCGCAGAGCGUGGACAUGCUGGCCAAGACGCACCCGUACAACCCGCUGUGGGCGCAGCUUGGCGACCUCUACGGUGCCAUCGGCUCGCCGGUGCGGCUCUCGAGGACGGUGGUGGUGGGUCGCAGGCAGGAUCUGGUCCAGAGACUCCUCUACGUGCUCACCUACUUCAUCCGCUGCUCGGAGCUGCUAGAGACACACAUGCUGGACAGCGUGGAGGACGAGGCCAUCGUCAUGCCCGGCUCCCUCAUCACCACCUCCCUGAGGAAAGGCGAGGUGGAGGAGUCGGACUACGUCCUGGUGACCGUCCACAAACCUGGCGGGGACUACGUGUCCCAGGGUGCGCGGCAAGCAGAGGACAACGCCGGGGGCGGCGGCUUUUCUUCAGACCACGGCGCCUACACGGACGCCGAGAUGAAGCACUCCGCCCCGAAAGAGGAGGAUGAGGACAGCGUCGAGAGCCAAGUGUCCAGCAGCUCUGUUCCCCAGGCGGGAGGCUGCCAGGACCCUGGUUCUAGGACCGGAGAUGAACCCGAGGGUCCUCACAAGGAGUCCGGCAGCCCGCAGACCACAGAGCCCAGACUGGAGACGGUCUUGCGAGUCAGCUCGUGUUCCCCGAGAGAGCAAGUCUGUGGACUGGAUGUGGAGAACGAGAACGACCUGAAACUUUGCGACCCAUCCAGUCAUGUCCCCGGAGAGGACUGCGACCCCGGCACAGGCGUUGAGGCAGGGAUCAGGAACCAGGCAGCCAAAAUCUUCUCUUUGGAGAAGAAGCCUCCAGAUAAAAAAGCUGCUGGGCUUCCAGUGCCGGGACCGGCAGGGACCGUCCUGUCUGGGCCCAUGUCCCUCAUUCUCACAGAGGAGGCGGAGCCAGCAACAAAAGUCACCUUCCUCAUUGGGGACUCCAUGUCUCCGGAGUCGGACACGGAGAGCCGCAGGAGGAAGGUGGAGGAGGACAUGAAGAAGCACAGGAAGCUUCAGCUGCUGCUGCGUCAGGCGGGACAACAAAGUCCAGGCCGGGGACAACAAAGUCCAGGCCGGGGACAACAAAGUCCACCUCGCGAGGAUCAAAGUGCUCAGACCAAGGUCACCCCCGCCCUGCAGCGAGUGUCCAGUAAGAUGCCUGAGUGGAGCACAAACUGUACCGACUUUAGUCACUUUGACGAGUACUUCAGCCCGGAGAACCCGGUGGAGACGAGAACAAUAGACGACGUGGCGGAGGUCGGCGCCACAGCGCUCGUGCACAAAGACUUGCUGGACCCCUCGGGGGGGUACGGCGUUCAGGGCUGGGGCUAUGGACGGGGUCCCUGUCUAGGGGGAAGGAAAGGAAUCAACGUGUCGGACCCCCAGAGGAGGUGCAGGUGCGCCUCCACGGACUCGUGCGACUGUGGGGACUGUUCUGCUGGCCGGGACAAGGGCCUCGUUCUGUCCGUCCCCGUCCCUCUGCGGGACGGAAAUAGCAAAGAGGACCAAAAGCAGAAGGAGCAGCCGCUCAGCGACUGGGAGAUUCCGCGCAACGAGAGCUCGGACAGCGCGCUGGGAGACAGCGAGAGCGAGGAGACGGAGGACUGGCAGGAGGAAGUCCUGGUCCCAUUCCCAGGUUCAAAGCUAGUUGAGAACUACUCCAAGCCAACCAUUGCCAACUUUGGCCGCUCUCUGUUUGGAGGUUAUUGCCCCACCUACGUGCCAGACUUCGUACUGCACGGCAUGCCCAGCGAUGACAAGCUAAGGCAGAACCUCAUUGCCGAACUCAACCACGCUGUCCAGCAUCCGGUGUUGGAUGAGCCAAUAGCGGAGGCCGUGUGCAUCGUGGCGGACACAGACAAAUGGACGGUGCAGGUGGCCAGCAGUCAGAGGCGAGCGACAGACGCCAGCAAGUUGGGGAAGGAAGUCCUGGUGUCCAACUUGGUGUCCAACUUACUGCAGUCCACUCACCUGCUCUACAAACUCAACAUGUCACCCAACUUUUGCAUCAUGCAUCUUGAGGACCGCCUGCAGGAAAUCUACUUCAAGAGCAGGAUGCUGGCCGAGUACCUAAAGGGCCAGAAGAGAGUCCACGUCAAAGAACUGGGCAUGAUUUUAGGCAUUGAAUCCAGCGACCUCCCCCUGCUGGCGGCCGUGGCCAGCACGCACUCUCCCUACGUGGCCCAGAUCUUACUGUGAAAAGCAGUCGAAAAGGUUUUUUAAGGACCUCCGGCAGGCCUCCCUGCUGCUGCUGCUACGCGGUGCAGUGCCGACUUUGCACCACUGGAGGGUGCUAGUGAGCACAGUUUGAAUGUGUUGGAACACCAAGCCAAAGACUCCACGGACUUUAACAUGCCAAGAGAAGACACUUUUCACACAUUUUCUGUAUCAUGAUUUUUUUGUUGUUGUUGUCUUUUGUACAAUCUCAAAGUUAGUCUGAGUGUUUAAGGAGGAUUACUUAGUUGUUUACAAGAUAAAUGUCACCAUUUUUCUUACUCAAACUUUCAUUUUGGCCAAUUUAUGAUUGAUUUUCCGGAAAUUUGUAGUAAAACUACCUCACAAAUUUUAAUGGGGUGUUUUAAUUUAUUUUUAUUUUUUUUAAAAAGGGAUUUUUUUUUAACCUUUUCAAAUCACAAGAAUGUAAUUUCACUCUGCUGUUUUUUUUUCCUUUCCUACCAUCAAUUUUUACAAAUAUGUUGUUUGUGCCUCGGAAGAGUCCUAAAAAUGCUGAAUAUUUGAAAAACUUUUUGCCUGCGAGGAGCGGUGUGCAGGAAUGCAUUUUGUACCUUUUUGUUUUUGUUUUUUUUCAAGCUGCGGCCGUGCCAAAUCGACGAAUGAUUUCCAGUUCAUCAAGCCCCAUUGGAUGUUGGACAAAUAUAUUGUAAAAAGCCGAGAAUGUCUCAGUCACGCCCAGAUGAUUGGUAGAUUUUCACGUUUUUUGAUGCAUCAGCAAUAUUUCAUCAGUUAUUAAUUCCGCUUACAGGUGCAAACAACGUUUCCGUUCUUUUCCUGGCAGCCAAGUCUUCAUUGAAAACAACAUCAAGGCAGCUGCUCACUCAAAUUGUAAUAUUAAUAUUCACCGCUUUUUUGUGUUUGUUUUGUUCCGUUUUAAAGCCUCCAUUUCGGUUUGUGUAUUCGGCUCAUUUUUGCCGACUGUACGAUUUCUUUUCCAUGUAUUUAUACGUAAGGAUUUUCAAGAAUAUGUCUCCUGGAAAUGAUUUUUUUCCCAAUUUUCUGGGAUUUUUGUGCAAUAAAGAUGAAGAUAUUUGAACGACA